CAUCAUUCUAAGCCAAAGUUCGCGCGAAUCGCCCAAGAUUUGCGACUCCUCAGUCGACUUCUCAACGAAGGACUCCGUGCGGUGUACACUUGCAGCGCACUCAUUGUGCGACAUCGUUCGUCCCACACUCACUUUACUAGGGGACGACAGGGAAGCAGUUGGAGCCUGCGUUCAGUGUCUCGGCCGCCCCCGCCCCCUUCCCUUUUUGGUCGACAGCAUGUCAUACCACGCAAGUUCAAGCUUGCCCCCUUCCGCGUCAAAUGCAAAGAGUCCAUCCAAUGAUGGGCCUCUGCACCCUCUUCCCCCGCCACCAAAUUCUUAUCACGCGUACACAACGAUGGCAUCCGAUGCCGGGGCGAAGCACCCUCAUCACACCACCCCUUCCUCCCGUCACAGCAGCAGCGUGCCCAUGCAGGGGGCCGAACAGAGCGCAUGGCAGUCCCAAACUCAAUUCCGACAAUCUUCUCCGUCGCACGACAUAUAUGGGCAGCGCCAAGACAACAGUCGCCAAGCUGAUUCUCACCAGUCCAUUCCCGCACCCGGGGCAUCCAAGUUGGCGCAAGGGAAAGGCAAAAGUAAAGUUAGUCAGGGUAAUGUCACAGCUCCCUCGAUGUCGGCACCAGAACCAAAGAAGCGAAAGAAGGGACCUGCAACAGAGGUGGUAACGUCGAGAGCAGGAACGCCAGAGACAUCCGCGCUCACAGUAGGCUCAAAAUUCAGUUCGACUUGCUCCAUCGCCAUUGCCCCUGCCGCUACGCCCGAGCUAGGCCAAAGUAGUCUCGACACUCCUUCGGGGUCUGGCACUGCCUCCAACAGCAACAACAUGGCCAAGAAACGAACGACAUCAUGCGAGAACUGCAGGCGUAGAAAGCUGAAAUGCGAUCGUCGCGCGCCGUGCGGCGCCUGCAUAGAUCGCAACGAGUGCAGUUUGUGCACGUGGGAAGAGGGUGUGCAACCCAUCAUGAGUGGGAGACAUACGGUCGUGCCUGGCCCGCUGAUCGAUCGGAUGGACCGGUUGGAGGCGAUCAUGUUGUCAUUGGCGACUAAGAUGGGUGCUCAGGUGAACUUACCUCCAAUUGCGUCAAGCAGUGGACAGGACGAGGCAGCGCUGGACAGUCCAGCAAACCAGAGCGCAGAUGAUGGCGGUGUUGCUGCUGCACUUGCUGGACUCAAGUACGCAAUGUCGUCUGGUCCCGGAGGAACAGCAGCGGCUGCGGCAGCAGCAGGAGCAGGAGCAGGACCAGGACCAGGAUCAGCAGAGCACCAGCAUCGUCGAAUGAUACCUUCCUCGAAUAAAGCAGAAGAGGCAUCUAUCUGGAGCGCGACUCAAGAACAAAGUGUAAGCGGCUGGGCACAGCCCGGGACAUUUACAUUCGCGUGGCACAAGCCUGAGGAUGCAGCAAGGGAAGGUGUGCUAUGGAAGAUCCUUGACCUGCUGCCAGAUACACAGACCGUUAGGAAAUUGUGUGAAGUCUAUUUUCGCGAUGCUUCAUUCUUACACUAUUGUGUCGAUCCGGACAUUUUUUGGAAUCGACUGCGGGAGCAUGAGGAGAUGCGCUUGAUGUGGAAGGGUCGAUCAAAAAUGCAUUGGGGUGCGCAAUUACGGUCUGAGCUCACGUUCGUCGCGCUCAUCCUUGCGAUGGCUUCAUGCGCUCUCCUCUACACUGACGACCAAGAGCAAUUAUCGGCCUUGAAUGCAAAAUUUGAGUCGCCCAUCGCAACAUUUAUCGAUGCUGCGAUGCGCGCGCUUGAUGCCGUCGAAAGCGUGCAAUAUCCCAGCGCUGACUCAGUCCGUAGCGAGAUCCUGAUUGGUCACGUCGUUUCAGCCGCGCGCGGGUCCAACCUCGGACUUCUCGCGUCGGUCAUGACGAUCCAGAACGGAAUCUGCGCUAACUUGGACCUCGAGCCUCCUGCGCACAUAUCGCGCACCGAAAUGCUGGAUCGUAUGCGUGUCUGGGUCAACCUGUGCAUGAGUGAUUGGUUCGGCAGCACGUCUUCGCGCCGCAUGUGCAUGAUCCCAGACGGGUCGGAGAACAAGGGCGGUUCGCCCACUCCGAGCUUCCUCUAUAGCAACUCGGCAUGGGACAUCGCUUCGAUUGACGGGCCAUGGCCUGUCGAGCUCAAGAUCCGAUUCGAGAUGGGACGCAUCUUACGCAAGGCCUCCGAACGACAACAGAUGGACGACGAGAGCGGCUUCCAGCUGACCAUGGGUCUUCAAAAACGCUUCGAGAGCCUCACACGCACCAUCCCUGCCGAACUCAGAGUCGACGUGCUUGCAGAUCCUGACCAGAUUUGUAAGGAGCCUUUCGAUGGCAAGAGAAUGUUCUGGCGUCAGUGCAUGAUGGCGUGCUUAAGCGAGAUCGUCAUCAUGUCUUUGCACAGAAGGUACUACGUUCAAGGAUGGCUGGAUCCCCGAUAUCGGAUCUCGCGCGAUUUAUGCUUCAAAUCCGCACAUGCAUUCGUUCUGCUAUUCCUCGAGAUUAGCGCUGUCUCAUUACCCAUCGAGGAGCUCAUGUCGCGACCAAAGCAUGAAGCUCCACAGAUCCUCAAAAGCAAGAGGGGGUUCAUUGCGAGAGGGUCCUUUCUAGCUCGACUGGCUACCUCAGGUGCGCUUCUCUUACAGCACCACGUCUUCAUGAUGGACGCGCAUCCGGACCAAGCUUCGGUCCAGGACCUCAACCAGCGGAACACCUUCGUUGCGAAAUUACGAAAGCUGAAGCAGAUCCUCCUCCUGCUAGGACCCGAUCUCUCCAUUCCACCUUCAGAAAUCUCCGCACUGCAACCCUUCACAGAAUGGGAUGCUGGCAGCAGCUCAAUACGUACCAAUUCCGUAAGCGCCGCAGAUACGCCCUCUUGCCCCAGCUUUGACCCCGUUGGACCAGUCGGAUCGAACGAUAACCUCAACCGUGCUGGCAAUGCCGGCCAUAUUUCGCCUGUAGGGAGGAAGAGAUCGGCGAUGGCUGCUUUCGGAAGUGCAUCUUAUUCGAACGCAGUACCCAUGCCGCGACAGCACGCAGCGAAUCCGGACCUUACAAAUCAGCUAAAACAUGACGCUGCGCUCGUUAACUCCCAACCUUGGUUCCAGGCACUCGAAGCUUUCGUAUUUGCAUAUGGACCGUGGCCGGUCAUCGAUGCGCAACAGCAAGGACAGCAGCAGCAGCCCCCUACGUUGACUCUGGGCGGCGAUGGAGACGUAAGAGAUCUCAACACGCUGGCUGCUACCAAUCCGUAUGCGGGAAGCGAAUUUGGUGGGCUCCCGCCUUUUGCACCGCCGCCAUCGCUUCAUGCUCACACUAACGGUACCAAUAGCAGCAAUGCUUACUGCGACGCAAGCGUAGCGUCUUCGCCCUGGACGUAGCAACCACCCUACACGUAGCAUGCAGCGAAGAGUGAUGGACCAAGUGCGGGCACGCGUAAUACAUCGUCGUCAGCGCCGCCAGCUUUUGCUUCGACGAACACCAUUGAGGAAGUGAAUGCUGCCUUCCCUCAGGCACAGCCGACCGGUAAUGUGACAUUGCCUUCGCGUGUGAAGGACAAAAUAUG